ACUGCCUUGAAUUGUAUAAUAUCUCUUGUCUAUGGAAGUCACAUUUUCAUCGUUGAACUUUAUAACCACCUUUGUCUAACGAAGUCACUUUCAUUGUUGUUGAACACUGUUGGUGUUCUAGUAACGUUGCCCAAGUCACAUCUACUUUUCUUUUCCCAGGUGUUAUUGUGCCUGGCGAUGGCAGCAGCGUCGACCUGGGCCGCGGCGGUGCCUCCUAAGGUCAGUCUCUCCAUCAAGGACAAGCUGGCCCUUGACAUCCCCGUCAAACAAGUCCACGAGAAUGACAAGACGACGGGAAAGGCCGAAGUUGCUAAGGUCGUCUUCCCAUCCACCACCCCCACCACGAGCACCACCACCAGCCAUCAGCCGCCGAGGAACCCAGCGCGACUUAGUUACAUCGACGCGACGGUCUUCAGGCACCAGUUCACCACCCCGGCGACGACUUCGACAACCGAAUCUCCGAACGAUGACUACGAAGCUUACUUCAGGCUCUGGGACGACCUCAGCUCCUUCGCCGGGGAGAUGGGUCCUCUUGGGGGUGACCUGAGGGGAGAGGCUUACAUCGAUGGCUUCAGACCUCCAGGUUUUUAAGUUUCUUCGAACUCCUCCCUGGUUUCAGGUAGCUUCAACACGCUGAGGGGUUCUAAAUAGCUUUCUCCAACGCCUCCGUGACUUCCAGUACUGCGAGCACCAGGGAUUCCUAUAUUAUUUCUAGCGCAUUCUUGGCUUCUGGUGGGUUGAACACCUCAAUGUUUGUAAUUGAUAUGAACGCGCCUGGGUGCUCCGGUAACUUGAAAACCAUAUUGUUCUAUUUAUCUGAACGAUGGUCUCUGGGGUUGGAUAGUUCGAACUCCAGAGUCUAUCUUUCUUGAACAAUCUGAGACUUCUGAUAUGAACUCUUAAAGUUCUCAUAAAUGUUUGAACUUUUAGAGGGGCAUAUCAUUAAGCAUAUAUUAAAACAUUGGCAUAAUCAGCAGCUCAUAAAGUUUAUGUAAAAAUCGUGAUGGAGUGUUGAGGUGAAGCACGAGAUCACAGCCCGUCCUCAUACACAAAGACCAAAUGCUCGCUGACCCAGUCGACGAGUCCCCGUUCAUCAAUGACAAACACUUUACACACACACCACUACAGAUUAUGUUCGAACCCUUCCUGAACACUGCUUCGCUCUCAUCCUGUGUUCGAACACCACUACUAAAUUAUUCCCCAGAGUAUUACAAACACAAAUAAUUGCCAACAAAACCAAACCCCUAGGCCUAAUUAUACACAAAAAUUCAAAUAUAUAUAUAUAUAUAUAUAUAUAUAUAUAUAUAUAUAUAUAUAUAUAUAUAUAUAUAUAUAUAUAUAUAUAUAUAUAUAUAAAAUAUCAUUUUAAUUUGGGGAAAUCUUGAGUUUGAAUAACACCGUAGGUUGAAGACUGUGUCUUGGAGGGAGUCGGGAGCAGCUUGCACAAGCAGAGGCUGAAGACGGGUUGACGGGUCGUGAGCACAUUGUAUGAACAGAUGACGUGGCGCUCUGACGGAGCUCUGCUCGUAGCGGAGCUGCUCUCUCUCUCUCUCUCUCCCGAGGGCAUCUUCAAGUCUCCAACGUGUCAGCCUCCGCUGCUCUCUCCACAACCGUCAAAGAGAACAUUAUAUAUAUAUAUAUAAAUUAUAUAUAUAUAUAUAUAUAUAUAUAUAUAUAUAUAUAUAUAUAUAUAUAUAUAUAUAUAUAUUUAUAUAAAGUGUACUCCUCAAUAUAUUAUAACUCGGUACAUUAUGUUUGUAACAUUUUAAAAUUAUCUAAUAUAAUGUGGCAAUUAUAUUUAAGAAAAUCUAGCUAAUUACAUGAGUCUGAACACAUAUAUGAAAAAAUUGUUACCGAUAAUGGAUUUUAUGUUCAAUAAAUAAUUCCCCAUGAUAAAGGGUAAUUUUUAAUGUGUGUGUUAAUGCCAUGUAGUAAUGAUGGGACGCAAGUUGCCAUACCUUAUCCACCUUUGACCCUGGUGGCAGAGGUGCCAUACCUCGCUCCGAUGGCACCACUCAAGGUGGUGCCAUCUAUUGCUGGAUGGGAGGUAGUAAGCCUUGCACUCACAUGGGUGCGUACGAGGGUUCGAAUCCCAUCAUUAUUAUUAUUUGUCAGUUCAAUUCCUUCAAUUCCUUCAAUUUCACUCCAUUUGAGCCUCGUUUCAUUCCCUAUCUCGUCCUGUACUCUUUAAUAAUGUGAAUAUUUUAUUUUUGUGUAUAAUGUUGUCUGAGUUUUGUGAAUGAUGUAAACUCUUGCAUUUUUCAAUAAAAUAAAUAAAUGUA